GGUUACGGCGUGGCCUUGACGCCUAACCUUGUCCAGAUGACUGUAGAUGAAAACCGCCCAAAUUUCGAUGUGACAGGCAAAACGUUUUUGGCUCCUAUGGUACGUGUUUCGACACAUCCUAUGCGCCUCCUCUGUCUGGAAUAUGGUGCAGAUUAUGUGAUUUCUGAAGAAUUGAUCGAUCAAAGAAUUAUCCGUUCUUCAAGGAUAGUAAAUGCUGAAUUAAAUACCAUUGACUUCGUCUUACCCGAUGGUUCUGUUACAUUUCGUACAUCAGCUGAAGAGAAAAAUCGUGUUAUUGUCCAAUUAGGGACUCCAGAGCCUGGAACAGCUUUACAAGCAGCCAAAAUGCUAGAAAAUGAUGUUAUGGGUAUUGAUGUGAAUAUGGGCUGUCCAAAAGCAUAUUCUGUAAAGGGUGGAAUGGGUGCAGCCUUAUUGACAAAACCAGAAAUUGUUAAAGAAAUUCUUACAACUUUGACUACAAAUCUUCGAAUUCCAGUUACCUGUAAAAUAAGGAUUUUGCCUGAAGCUGUUCGUUAUGAUCAUCAUAUAGCUGGAGCAAAAUAUUGUGUUUUACGAAUGUUACAUGAUUUCGGUGGUACACCUGUCUAUGAAAAUGUAUUAGCUGCGAAUGAACUACGUGAUUUAUGUGCUAUUUGGAAUAUAUUAGAUAUCUAUAAUCAUGAAAUGUCUAUACGAUCAGAACGUUUGAAAACUGCUCAACUUACAUUAAACAAUUCAACAGAUAUCAAUUCAUCUCCUUUAUCAACAAUGACACCUGACAGUCUUCCAAUUCCAGAGAAACGUGCUCGUGUAGACGAAAAUUUAUCAAAUACAACAUUAAUAUUAGUUGAUAAUCAUAUUUCAAAUGAUGAUCCUAGAGAAGAAAUAAUUAAUAAUCUCAAUGAAAUUGUAUUAACUAUUCCAUAUGAACGUAGAUUUUGGCCUGAUCAUGGAACUAGUCCAAAACAAAUAUUACGUGAACAUUGUAAAUUGUUAAAAUGGGAUUCGCCUAAAUAUGAAACUAUUGAAAAUCGUGACAAACGAUCAUUUUUCAGUACUGUUUUAGUGGAUGGUAAACGUUAUCGAAAUGCUAGCGCAUGUAAAUCGAAAAAGUAUGCUGAACAAGCAGCUGUUUUAGUUUGUUUACAUGUAUUAGGUUUACCAGAUGGAAAAAUCCCAAUUGAUGAAAACACCGCCAAUCACAUUGAUGAUCCUGAUAAAUAAAUCAACAAUUAUUUUCUCUUUUUAAGUCCCUUUUUUUUACUAUUUUUUAUAAUUUUAUCGUAACACCCCACAUGUGGUUUUUUUUUUGUACAAAAUUUAUUGUACAGUAAUGAUUUGUAAAUGAAAUGCAAUAAAAUAGUUAUUCACUGGA